GUAACAAGGUAAAUUGCAAAAAUAGAAUGUAAAAAAAAAAAGGUUCAGAGCCAUACAUGGCUUUAACCACUAAUUAAACUUUUUUUUUCCUUAAUCCAAUUUGAAAACAUUUCUCUUUCUUCGGCACCAAGCUAUUGUAUUUUCUUCAUCUUCUCUUUCACAAUCUCAAACCGGAAAGAAGCACAAGGAGGCACAAUAGGAAGGGGCACAUGUUCUUGGUUUCACGUUGUAAUUAUCCCUCAUCACUUUUACAUUUUCUUAAUUGUAACAUUAUGUUUAUGUAGUUUCAAAAAAAAAAACAUUAUGCUAAUCAAUGUAUCUCAUAAUAGCUACAACAACACACAUGCAGGAUCAAUGAUGCUGAGAUUUUUCAUCCUUUUCUCUCUUCUGGUACACGCUUGUGUUGCGGCCCCCAAAACUCCGGCUGCUGCCAGAGCUGUUCCUGCCAAGAAAUGGCUCACCCUUAGCGGAAAAGAGCCUGGGGUUGUAGCGAGAGGCGGCUUCUCAGGACUUUUCCCUGAGUCUAGUGCCACUGCAAACGACUUGGCAAUUAGCGCCAGCUCUCCUGGUCUCACAUUGCUGUGCAGCCUUCAGAUGACAAAAGACGGCGCGGGGAUUUGCUUGUCUGAUAUCAGGCUUGACAAUGCAACCACCAUCUCUACCCUCUUCCCCAAAGGCCAGAAGACCUACAAGGUCAAUGGUCAAACCCUCAACGGAUGGUUUGCUCUUGACUACUCGGCAGACACAAUCUUUUCCAAUGUCUCUCUUGUUCAAAACAUCUACUCUCGGCCUAGCAUUUUCGAUGGCCAGAUGGCAAUUGCAGCCGUGGAGGAAGUCCUCGAAUCCAAGCCUCCAAAGUUCUGGUUAAGCGUUCAGUACGACGCAUUCUACAUGGAACACAAGCUGAGCCCAGCCGAGUACCUAAGAAGCUUACGUUUCCGUGGCAUCAACAUCAUCUCCUCUCCGGAGAUUGGUUUCUUGAAGAGCAUUGGCAAGGAUGCACGCAAGGCCAAGACAAAGCUCAUAUUCGAGUUCAAAGACCCCGAGGCAAACGAGCCUACCACCAACAAAAAGUACAGCGAGAUUCUGCUGAACCUCGCAGCCAUCAAGUCCUUUGCCACAGGCAUUAUUGUCCCCAAAGACUACAUUUGGUCCCUUGACUCGGCUAAGUACCUUAAGCCCGCCUCCACAAUUGUAACCGAUGCUCACAAGGCCGGUCUAGAGGUCUACGCUUCCGGUUUUGCCAAUGAUCUGAGCACCAGUUACAACUACAGCUAUGAUCCUUCCGCUGAGUAUCUCCAGUUUGUGGAUAAUGGCCAGUUCUCUGUUGAUGGUUUCAUCACCGAUUUCCCGCCAACAGCAUCACAAGCCAUCACUUGUUUUGCUCACCAAAAGAGAAAUCUCCCCAAAAUAGGCAGCACGUUGGUCAUAACACACAAUGGUGCAAGCGGAGAUUAUCCAGGCUGCACUGACAUGGCUUAUCAGAAGGCGGUGGACGAUGGAGCAGAUGUGAUAGACUGUUCUGUCCAGAUGUCCAAAGACGGAAUGGCUUUCUGCCUUGCUUCUGCAGACCUCAUACCAACCACAACUGCAGCGACCACUCUCAUGAGCCGAGCCACCACCGUUCCUGAGAUCCAGUCCAAAAAUGGCAUUUUCUCUUUUGAUCUCACUUGGACCGAGAUCCAGUCUCUAAAGCCUCAAAUUCAGAGCCCCUUCUCCACUUCUGGGGGGUUCCAGAGAAACCCAGCAAACAAGAAUGCAGGGAAGUUCAUGACUCUCGCUGACUUUCUUAAGUUCAGUAAAGCAAAGACGGUCACUGGAGUUCUCAUCAACAUCCAGAAUGCUGCUUAUUUAGCAUCAAAGAAAGGCCUAGGAAUCGUAGAUGCAGUCAAGUCCGCUCUGACUAAUUCCAAACUAGACAAGAAGGUUUUGAUUCAGUCAGAUGACAGUUCUGUUCUGGACAGUUUCAAGGCUGUCCCUAAGUACACUAGAGUCUUGAGCAUCGACAAGGAGAUAGGAGAUGCUCCCAAACCAACCAUUGAAGAAAUCAAGAAGCAUGCAGAUGCUGUCAAUAUCCUGAGAAGUUCUCUUGUCACCAUCUCCCAAAGCUUCGCCACAGGGAAGACUAAAGUAGUGGAGGAAAUGCACAAGGGGAAUAUCUCUGUGUACGUCUCUGUGAUGAGAAACGAGUACCUCUCCAUAACGUUCGAUUACUUCUCUGAUCCUACAGUAGAGCUUGCUACGUUUAUUGCAGGGAAUGGCGUUGAUGGAGUCAUCACAGAGUUCCCUGCUACAGCCACCAGAUACUUGAGGAGUCCAUGCUCAGAUCUAAACAGAGAUCUGCCCUUUGCCAUAUUACCUGCAGAUGCAGGGACUCUAAUAUCCGUGGCAGCCAAGGAAGCACAGCCACCAGCUAGUGCCCCAAACCCACCUCUUGACGCUAAAGACGUGAUUGAUCCGCCUCUGCCCCCGGUUGCAAACUUGGCCACCAACAAUGCCAGUGGAGGAUCUCCACCAGGUUCUCGUCGUUCAGGCUCCAUAGCCACCACUGCUAAUCUCAGCCUUUCCUUCAUGGCUAUGUUGGCCUUGCGACUACUACUCUGUGCUGCUGCCUAAUAAAGAUUGAAGGAAAUUUUGUAAUACCUUCCUCUCCGCGUAGUACUAGUCCACACUCUUCUUUCUCCGUAGACACAAU